UUUCCUUGGCUGGAAAGUUGUGCUUUAUGCGCAGCACCUGUUGUGCCGUCAGUUGCCAGUCUCCAAAAACCCAACCCUGUUCGCGCAGCGAUAUUUUAUCUCGGUGUCCCAAGUUAUGACUCUUGACUGCGCCAGACAACAGAUCUCGUCUCGGUGUUGCGGAUACUUUUCUCUGCUCGGACUGUAUCGGGUUGCUGGACUCCCUCGCAGUCUCUGUGUGUGAGAGAGCUGCGGGUCUAAUGCGUAAAGAUCUGCCGGGAUUCAUAGCACGGAGUGUAGAACGCACCACGAGCGCGCAUUUGAGCCGGAAUGCAUCUGUGCAUUUUUGAUCAUCCUGUGCCAUAGAUGAUAUGCGUGCAUAAAGGCGAUUUUCCAACCAUGUUGCCGGGAUUUUAAUUGCUUAAACUUCCCUCAGCUCAAAUAUUCGACUUUCAACAGCGCCAACAGGUGCGCACUCGAACUGAGCAGCAGAAACAAGUUUGGGAGACUUGGAGAGGAUUUGUUCUCAUUCAUCAGUUGCUUGCGGUCCUUAUUUUUCAUAAGGAAGAGCUGACUGUUAAGAUUAUGUGGAUUUUACUCAUCGCUUUUACACUCCAAAUGUGUCCAAAACAGCAUUUUUGCCCCGUUCAUGACGCAUGUUUGUGGUGAUCCUGACCAGAUUACAGCUUUGUGAUCGCGAACCACCACUUAUCCAAAUGAUCCUUUUAUUACUAUUCCUUCUUGCAUCGCUUCUCCAGCAACAUGGCACCGACACUGAAUCCAGUAAUGUCAGCAAAUUUCAACUUUCAAGUGUAAAGGAGCCAAACGGAGUGCAGGAGUCAGUUCAGGAAAAGGUUUUAACUGUUUCUGGAGAGGGAAUGAUCCACAGCCCAGACUUCCCACACACCUAUCCCAGAAGCACCAUGUUGGUCUGGAGACUGGUGGCAGCCAACAGCAUGAGGAUCCAGCUCACAUUUGAUGAGAGAUUUGGUCUGGAGGAUCCUGAAGAUGGAAUAUGCAAGUAUGACUUUGUGGAGAUAGAGGAUCCCGCCGAGAAGACGAUCCUGGGUCGCUGGUGUGGCUCACAGUCUGUUCCAAUAGGUCAAAAAUCCAAAGGCAGCCAAAUCAUUGUUCGCUUCAUCUCAGAUGAAUACUUCCCCUCAGAGCCAGGAUUCUGCCUCCACUACUCUCUGCUUCCUGUGAGCGUAGCAGAGCCAGAAGUCCCCGCAGUUCUGCCUCCGUCCCUGCAGGGCGUGGAGGAGCUGUCAGAGGCGGUGGCCGUGCUGAGCACAGUGGAGGAUGUCAUGAAGUAUCUGGAACCAGAGCGAUGGCAGCUGGAUAUGGAGGAGUUAUACAAACCCACGUGGCACGUUUUGGGCAAAUCUUUCAUCCUGAACAAGAAGACCCGAGGAGCCGAUCUCAAUCUGCUGAGGGAGGAAGUCCGGCUGUACAGCUGCACGCCGCGCAACUACUCGGUGUCUCUGCGAGAGGAGCUGAAAAGGACAGAUGUCAUUUUCUGGCCCAGCUGCCUCCUUGUCAAACGCUGCGGUGGAAACUGUGCCUGCUGCUCUCAUCACUGCUCCGACUGCCAGUGCACGCCUGCCAGGGUCACAAAGAAAUACCACGAGGUCCUUCUGUUGAAGCAUCGAAGCGGCGCCAGAGGCCUGCAGAAGUCCAUGGCGGAUGUGGCUCUGGAUCACCAUGAAGACUGCUCCUGUGUCUGUAAAGAUGACUUGGACUGACGUCGGAUGUGCCUAAAAGCUGCCGACGGAAGCCCCCAGAACAUCAGAAAUGAGCUCCGGCUGCCGUUCUCCAUCUCGUCUGCCUCCGUGGCGGCGCUAACAAGAUUCUUCUUUCACACUCAUGUCCUGUCACUAAUUGGAUGAAGCCGAACAGACUGGAGUAUAAUAACUCUUCUGAAUGGAUGUGACCAUUGGGGACUAGAGGAACAGAGACACUGGAGCAGACGGGGACUAUUACCAAACAGCUCCAGAGAUAUAUUUAAAAAAAGAAAAAUGUUUAGUGUGGAUGGUUACAACCAAGGGAGAAUCUUCUUUAAGUACUUUUUACUGUGUGUAAGUGAGCUGGCUCAAGCCGUUUAUUUUAGCUCCUCCAGCUUCGCUUGUUUUCACCAUCAAGGCAACAGGAAGUGGUUCUGACCGUCGUUUUCGUUCGCCACCUCUGGGCUUUGCUGCAGAUUUAACCAAUUGCAAAAUACAAUGGCGACCGCAUUAUGUGUAAAUAUUUUAUAUAUAUAUUUUGAAACCAAAGAUUCUCAAGGAGAAAAUGUUGCGCAUUAUAAAUCAGUUGAACGAUGUAAAGAAAACAUCUCUGUGAUCCAUUUCAGCGAAACCAAAUCUGCUUGAGAGAGGAAUUUGUUGCAUUAAGUUUUUUUUUUCUUAAUAAGUGUUCAUAGUAAAUAUUUAUUUCUUGAAUGAAAAUGCAAUUUAGGUCCAAUGUCUGCUGCAUUUUUGCUGUACAGUAGCUUUAGUUUCUGUUUUCUAUUCUUUGUCGUUUUUACUUUGCAAUUUCACUGUGGGUGUUUUAAAUUUUUUCCUCUUUUUUUAUUUGAACACCAAAGUUAUUUAACUUUACUGUUGGAAUAAAUGUUUGUGCAUUUUCUAGUACUGAGGUUGAAAAAUCUAUUUUUUCAAAAUUUCUUCUUGGAUAAGAACUUCUUGUCAAAAUGAAGCAGGAACGAAUGGAAAACUCAUCUAAAAGGCUAACAAGCAGAGAAAGCGGGUUUAUCUACAGCCUGUCGCACCAAAUAAAUAUUUUAUAACUAAAAAAACCCAAAAAAACAGCAAUAAAUUGUAAUAUUUUUGUAGCUUAAUGUUUAAAACCUUUAAGGAAGUAUAAAUGGCAUCAAUAUUUGACUCCAAACACAUCAGAUUUUUUAGGGCCGGAUGGAUAAAAGGGUUGAAUCAGUCAACUGUGAGUUCAGUAAGCAGUGUCAUGAAAUUAUUAAUAUAAAGCUUUCACAGGAACUCAGGGGACAAAGGGAUUAGUAAUUUAUUUUUUAAUCAAUUGAAAUUGCAUCCCAGGUUAAUAUGAGUCUCUUUCCUUAUUCUGGUAUACAGUACAUUGGAUUGUGUGAAUGACGAUUAAAGAAGUUUUAAACUGUA